AUGCAGUUUUGCAACGACGUGCUGAAGCACGCCAAACAGAGGUGCAGCGAUGACGCCAAACACAAGCGGGACAAGAGGUUCAACAUCCAUUACGUUCCACUCGCCAACAACGAGGGCAACAGGGGCGAGCUCGCCCGCCAGACCAGCGCGACUCUGACGGGCCACGUCGAUGAGAUGAAUGCUGGGACGGCGGCAGAUUUGGCGAGGAGCUCAGGACGAGGCAUGGGGGAUGAUGAGAAGCCCCACAUCGAGAAUGACUCGGGCCCGACGCAGGCCAAAGCCAAGGCCAAGGCCAACCUUUCCCCGCGCUCUCUGAUUACGGUGGUGAUCAACAAAUUGUCGGCGGACAUGUCGGCCAUCGGCCGGGUGCUCAAGGCGCUGGGUACCUGCCAGAAUACUUUCAAGCAGUCAGUGAUUGAUGCGAUCAAGGCCAGCGAGCCCAAGGUGACGUCUGCUCUUAUUUCUUUCCAAGAGCUGCUGCAAGGCGAACGACCACCCUUGUCGGACGUGGUCGAGAAGUUCCAUUUCAUCAAGGGUGAUUCUGAUUCACUCAGCGAGGACUUGCUGGAGGCACGGAGGAUCUCCGGCGAGAACAUCAAGAAGCCGUCGUCUGUCUUCGACGGGGAGCUCGAGACCAAGAUGAGGGCUGCGGAGGCGCAGCUCGACGCGGUGGAUGGCGUCGACGCCGCUGCCGACCUCCAU